CGACUCGAGUCUGGACUCUUUUCGCUUGUGUGAACGCACAGAACAACACCAAAAGAGAAUUUGCCGAGUAGAGCAAAGAGAGAGUCACGUGUGAACGCGAUCUAAGUUGGGAAAAAAACUUCGAUACACGAUUGAACUUUUCAUCGAUUUUUUACGACAGCGCUUAUGGAUUUUUGACUAAAUAAAAAGCGUUUUUGGGUUAAAGUCUGUUUAUAUUUAGGUUAAUAACGAACUAUAAUAAAAUUAGAAUUAUUAAGGAGAAUAAUGGAUCAUGGUUCUCAAAUAUAAGAAAGCAAUAUUACCAGAAAUUUUUCCUAAAGUUAUAAAAAUAAAUGUAAAAAACAUUCAACGACGCUAAAGUUAGGAUUAAGAAAUGUAGGUAAUGUUAUGUUUAUCAUUUUCUUUUAUAUAUAGUAGUGAAAAUUAAGGAAUGUCUAUUCUCACAAUAACAUUUCCGAAACCUAAAUUGUGACGUGAUAAAGUUUAUCAGAAGGAAAAAAAAACAAAGCAGAUAAAUUUUAGAAUAGCAUCCCCCGAAUUCGAGGUUUAAAGGAAUAUGUACGGAUAGAGAAGGUUCUCUAUAUUAAGAAAAUAUAUAUAUAGUUGCCGCUGACUUAUGGUUUUUGAGAUAUUCGCACUUAAAUUUCAACUAUUGAAGGAAAUUUGCAAAACAAAGAAGUAAUACUAAAGGACACCUUUUCCUACACUCCCUAACUAUUUACAUGUACCAUUAUGGCCGAAAUUGACUUUGUUGUUUUGAAGGUUAAUGGCGCCGAUAUAAAUCAGUUGCCAGAACAAAAAGUGGUUCAAAUGUUCCUUACUGCCGGUGAGCCGUUGCUUGUGGAAAUCCAAAGGAAAUACAGGUCUAACGAAAGCUGCAUUACUGGUUGCAAUUUUAACAAACAUGAUUUCGAUCACAUUGAAUCAAAGAUGGAAUUUCUUCAAAUUACUCCAAAUGCACAAACGACGAAAGAAGUACCGGUCAAAAAUAGCUCUGCAAACACAUCCUUCACAAUAAAAUUGGUUGUAGGUACAAAACCAUCCCAGCCUGCGAAAAAUUCAAAAAAUUCUCUUGAGCGUGUGUGCAAGACAACUCAAACUGACACUAGUUAUUUUCUCUAUGAUAGUUCAAAAAAAGCGGCUGAUCAUUUCGUUGAACAUGAACAUAAUUUAUUAGACCAAUGUUUAGCACCAGAAAUUGAUGUAGAAGAAAUAACACUGCGAAAGUCCGAUAGCAAUGAACGACUGGGGUUAAUUGUUUGUUAUAAUAGUUGCGCCAGCAACGGUAAUAGCGGCGAACACAAUGGUGCCUUCUCAAGUUUUGACGACAACGAUGCCUGUACUGAAGUAUAUAUAAGUGGCAUACAACCGGAUAGUGUAGCUGGAAGAGACGGUCGGUUGCGUCAAGGUGAUCAAAUACUUCAAAUUAAUGGGAAGGAUAUCAAAAAUAAAGAAGAAACCGAACUGUUGAUCGCGGAAAAUAAUAAUGCUGUAACUCUUUUAGUUAGCCGGUAUCUUUUUACGGAGGAGGACGAUUUCAACGACCCUUUGUUGGCUGAUAUAGAAAUUGAUGACGAUGAUGACGCCGAGGAAGAAGAGUUUUACGUUGAAAGUAAUAUGACUUAUGAAAAUUGUCUUCCACAGAAUGAAGCCGCUUCAGAUUUAGAAAAGUCUUUAGUGAAUCAUCAUGAAAAUAAAAGCAAAAAACAGCAAUCUGUUUUUAUUGCACAAAGGCCCUCGCUAACAACAGUACCUUCAACCGCCGUGACAACGUUAGCCUAUCCUAGUAAUUUCACGCAAAUAGAUGUAGUUACCGCAAAUAGCCCGGAAAAACGCUCAAUAUUUGGAUGCGAGAAAGGUAUGGAACAGUUGCUUACUCAUCCUGUUUUACAGCAAAAUAUAAAAAAGGAACACCAUAACUCAACAAAAAAGAGUUUACGACCACCCAAAAGUGACCAGCUUAUUUUUCGUACACCAACAGCAUUUGUAUCGUCAAAAAAUAAACCGAAUGAUCACAGAGAUAUUAAUUACGAUACGACAGAACAUAUAUAUGAAACUAUACCAGAGGAUUCAGAAUUAGAGCCAGUUUAUUGCUCUCCCUAUGAGAGUUCAACAUAUGUUACGGCGUUGGGGUCCUGUUCAUCUGCCGCUACUGACUCUUUCCAACAGCUGCAACAAAAGAAAAGUGUAGUGAAAUGGUUAGAUGUAUGUUCUACUCCAAUGGCGAUUUCAGAAUAUGCUGUCAAAGAAUCUGGACGAAGUACUAGCAGUUGUAUACGUAAAUAUUGGAAUAGCGAUACAAAUAAAAAAAAUAAUACUGUCUCUAGUACCUUAACAACUAUAACAAACGGUUCAAGCAGUAGUGGUGGCAGCGGUGGGGGCAAUAGAAUAGAUGUUUCGCAAGAUGAAGAACUUGAUAACUCUUCUAGUGCUUACAAUACGGGGGGGUCAAAUAUUAGUACAGUUCAACUUGUAUCGGCCCUUAAUCCAAAUGGUAAGUGUAAUGGUAUGCAUGAAGACAGCAAAACGCAGAAUUUGUAUGAGUCGAAAGACAAAACUAAUCUUGUCUUGACUAAUAUCGGCAGUGAUAGCAUAACACAGCUUACACAAACUCAUCGCAGUGAUCUGGACGGUUCAACAGAAGAACAAGCUAAAUUUUCCCCAAACCACCAAUGCAAUAAUGAACCUAAUAUUUAUCAGACCUUUAACAGAAGUAUGUGCCGAGAAGCGAUUUCACAACAUCAAACUAAUUUGUCUCAAUCACUGACGCGCGAUAAAAUUCAUCAUUUACAGAGCCCAUGCUGUCCUCAAUUCGUUGCACCAAACCUAAGUCAAUAUCAUUUUGUUAGCAGUCAAGAGGUAAGAACUGGUUCUCAGCUGGUAACAACAGUACCUUUACUUACCACCACUGACGUUAACCAGAAACCACAUUCGAAAGAUGAAGCUAUGGUUUGGAAAGUAAAACGGCGUCAAGAUGGAACAAGAUAUAUUGUUCGUCGUCCGGCUCGUAGUCGCUGCAUGGUUCAAAAUCGUUCUAUUCGCAUUAAUACUGAACACAUUCGUAAUAGAGAUAUUUCAACAACCGCGGAAGAGGAUAAUAUGUCAGAAGUCAAAACAGGACGUUACUGGUCAAAAGAAGAACGAAAAAAGCAUGUUGAGCGUGCAAGAGAACGAAAACAACAAAAUCAGUGUCAACUAUCUAGUGCUGUUCUUGUAUCUAAAGUCUGCGUAAAAGAUCAAACAUCCUCAAAACCGCUUCAACAAAAGAAAAAUGGCUUAAAUCAGCAAUAUCGAAUGAACCAGCACAGAGUUAUUGAACAUGAAACUAAUAGUAUUCAACAAUCGUAUGCGACUGCCACCUUGCAACAGCAUUAUCAACUGCAAUUUAAUUCAUCACGGAUACAAAAACCUUUGAGAAUGAUUGGCAGAUGUGAUUAUAAUGGAACAAACGUUCCUUCUAGCAACGGGUACAGUGAAAUGCAGUUCAUAUCAACAAAAGAGUCGGUGCUUGAAACAACUGAAAAAGAAUUAGGUAGAAUAACAUUGGCACCACUGUCGGACACUACCGUACCGAUGAACAAGCUAAACGGCGAUGGACAAUGUAGGCCAAUACUGUUGCCGGGUCCUCAGGGAAUUGAUCUUACAAAAACUCCAAAUUUUCCAACUUCCGCUGAAGGCAGUGAAUUAAAAAAUUUUAUAUCCCGAACUUCAGUUUAAAGAGCGUUGAAAUAUU